AUGGCUUCAGAUAAAAGCGAACGCGGCUUCAACCGCCGGAGCUCGGCGUAUCAGCUGGAUAUCCUGCGCGGCCAUGCGAAGAAGAAUGCCUGGACAGGGCCUCCAUUAGAUACUAUAUACGCAGGUCUCGCUAUAAAGCUCAACCAUCACGCCGCCGUUGUAGCAAUCGCCGUCCGCGAUUGUACCUAUCUCCUCGAUUUUUUUGAGCAUCAGUUUGAAGAAUCCGACAGCAACCACAUCUCAUCGCGAGAAAUCGCAGACUUUGUCUUGACGCGGCUGCGCGACUACAGCCGCGAGCACUGCGAGCGUUUCAUGGGAAUAGCAAUGCCAGAAGAGGUCUUUGUCCGGAUUCCUACCCUAUGUUCUCGCCUCUGGCAUGAACUGGAUAUUUUGCCUAUCGUCUUUCGUGAGGAUAUAGCAAUAUCGACCUUUUGGUUGAAAUCUAAGGGUGACAAAGUGGAGGCCAAGAGCGAGGUCAAGAAGAGCACGGACGAGCUUUCUGAAUCAAUGGCUAGAAGGUGUUUGAGAUUCUUCGGACCUGGCAACAAUCCCAUUUUGGAAGUUGGACUACAGGGCCUCGUUGAGGUGGACAGCUCAUUGCGCAUUCGCAUAGCGACCGAGGACGACUACAAAGACACAGUCGGGCCGACCACCUGGGCAGCCGUCCAGCAUUAUGCCUCUGAUCUCAAGGAUCGAAAUGUGAAAAUUGCCUUUUUCAGCGCAACUCCGCAGGGUGGUGGAGUCGCCCUGAUGCGUCAUGCCCUUGUGAGAUGUGCUGUGAAUAUGGGGGUAGAUCUUAAAUGGUAUGUCCCCAAGCCACGACCAGGCGUUUUCCGUAUCACCAAGACAAACCACAACAUCCUCCAAGGAGUCUCUGCGGUGGACGAACGCUUUACGGCCGAACACCAAAAAAUAAUGACCGAUUGGAUAAAUGAGAAUGCCAACAGAUACUGGGUAUCUCCUGGUGGCCCCCUGAGUGCACCCGCCGAUGGAGGAGCUGAUAUUGUGAUCUUGGACGACCCUCAAAUGCCGUCUAUCGUAUCACUCGCGAAGCAGAUAGCACCCAAUCGCCCCGUCGUUUUUCGCAGCCAUAUCCAAAUCCGGAGUGAUCUUAUCAGCACGCCUGGUACACCGCAGGAAGAGACAUGGGCAUGGAUUUGGGAGCGUAUCAAGAUGGCAGACCUUUUCAUCAGUCAUCCGGUUGCGUCAUUUGUUCCGGCGAAUGUUCCGCGAGAGAUGGUCGGUUUUAUGCCCGCCACAACUGACUGGCUCGAUGGGCUGAACAAGACAAUGAGCGAUUGGGACGUGGCGUUUUACGGCCGGGUUUUUAACACGCUGUGUCGGAAUAGCCAGAUUCCCACGAUUAACUUCCCUGACGAUCAGUACAUAGUCCAGAUUGCCCGGUUUGAUCCAUCAAAAGGCAUUUUAGACUGCUUGGACUCCUAUGCCAAAUUCUUCGAUCUUCUCUCCGAGAAAAAACCGGACGUCAAACCGCCUAAGCUUCUCCUUUGUGGCCAUGGAUCAGUUGAUGAUCCCGAUGGAACUGUUGUUUAUGACUCCGCCUUACGGUAUCUCAAAGAGGACCUUCCAGAACUCGCAGACAACGUCUGUAUCAUACGCCUCGGUCCGACCGACCAGGUCCUAAACGCGCUUCUUUCCAAGGCCAAAAUCGCACUUCAGCUGUCCAGCAGGGAAGGGUUUGAGGUAAAAGUCUCGGAAGCCAUACAUAAGGGCAAACCCGUGAUUGCCAGCCUGGCAGGGGGGAUCCCUUUGCAGAUUCAGCACGGAGUGAAUGGGUUCCUGGUCGAAGUCGGCGACACGGACGCCGUUGCGGAACAUCUCUUUGAACUCUGGACCGACCAUGACUUGUAUAAACAGAUGAGCCACGCUGCCCUAAAUACAGUUAGUGAUGAACUCGGCACCGUGGGUAGCGCGUUAGGUUGGUUCUAUAUUGCAUCGGAAGCCACCAAGGGCAAGGCCGUCAAGCCCAACGCGGCGUGGAUAAACGACCUGGCCAGAAAAGUCGCCAGCCAGCCGUAUCAGAAGGGGGAAAAUAGACUAAAGAGGGCGGUAAAGGUGGAAGAUAUGAAGUAA